UGCACGUGAUUGUGUUAGUUAAUGUUUGGUGAAGUGAAAUGUCAUCGGUAUACGUGUAAUCUUUUCAUUCCUCGCUGGAAAAAGGGUGAAAAGUGCGAAAAGUACAUAGCUGAAGUUGACCAAUUGCCUCCCACUUUGACCAUUGUACGAAGUCGCGGGUGUUUGAGGUGAAGGAGUAUUCGGAGAUGUCGCGGGAGCGAUAGAAGUCGUACGAGUUUAGUAACAUAACCUCAAAGGAGAUUAUUUUUAAAACGCGAGAACAAAAGUGACUGCGAAAAAUGCGUUAUUUCGCAGUCAUUUGGCUAUUUUUAGUGGCUGCUGCGGGAAAGGUAGCAGCUUCCACUAGUCACCCAAUAACAACAUUCAUCAAUGCCAAGUGGAAUAUCACCCCCUACGCCCUGGAGGUGUCUGAGUACUUGGCUGAUGAAAAUGCCAACCUCUUCUGGGACUUUGUGGAUGCAGUCAAUGAAUUGGACAUGGAAGUUGCCCAAGCAGAUGACUCCAAAAGCUAUAAGCAGACAAUUAAGGUGGCUGAAAAACUCCUAAGUGCUCCUCAAGUGAGUCUCUUGAAAUUAUCCCUGUCCCUGCACAGCCUAUCUCCUCGCGUUGAAGCUCAUCAGCAAAUAGCUCAGGAAGUUCUGGAAGAGAGCGACUGCAAGGCAUCAACUUUCGUGGUAAUUGGAGAUAAAGUGGCCUGUUCAGUUGCAGAUGCCUCAAAGUUAAUCAAAGCCCAAAAUUCCGGAUCGCUGGAACUCUUCCAGUUCGAUCAUGUAUACCCUGGCUCUGAGAUCAGCGAAAACACAGCGAUACUCUACGGAGUUAUCGGAACUCGAGAAUUCAGGAAAUUCCAUGAGCUUUUGAAAGACCGAGCAAUGUCCGGAGAGGUGAAAUAUGUCUUGAGGCAUUACGUGAAAAAUCGUUCGAAGAAGAAGGUCCGGCUAUCAGGAUAUGGUGUUGAGCUCCAUCUCAAAUCAACAGAAUACAAGAGUCAGGAUGAUUCCCCACGAACUCCUGGGGAAAAUGUAGCUGAUCAGGUGGACACUGGAGAAACCGAAGUCAAUGGAUUUGACUUCAAAAUCCUCAAAUCACGCUAUCCUGAACUCUCCCAGUCACUGGAAACUCUGAGGCUGAGACUCCUGGAGAAGUCUCAUGAAAUAGCUCCACUCAAAGCUUGGGAGUUCCAGGAAUUGGGACUCCAAGCAGCUCAUCAAAUUGCUGCGACACAGAGCGAUGAAGCUCUCCAUAUUAUUCAGUACACAGCCCAGAACUUCCCAGUCCAGGCCAAAUCCUUGAUCCAUACCGCAGUUGAUGAUAGCUUCAAGAAGGAAAUGAAGCAUAACAUUGAUGUUCUUGGGAGGAAUCUAAAUCUUCAGCCUCCGGACGCAGCUCUCUUCAUCAACGGAUUGUUCUUUGAUGCUGAGACCAUCGACAUGGAAAAUCUACUGGAAACCCUGAAGAGCGAGAUGCGUUCCCUGGAUGGACUUCAUUCAAUUGGAGUCAAAGGAAAAUCUGCAAAAUCUCUGAUUGCUCUGGACCUUCAAUCCUCAGCUAAAGAAUUCGCAAUUGACUUCAGGGAUUCUUCAAUUGUCUGGAUCAAUGAUAUCGAACAUGAUUCUCAGUAUCGGCGAUGGUCAUCGAGUGUUAUGGAACUCUUGAGACCAACUUUCCCAGGAAUGCUGAGGAACAUCCGGAAGAACUUAUUCAACCUCGUCCUGAUUGUCGAUCCUGUGACUUCCUCAGCUAGGGGAAUCCUAAAACUGGCUGAGAGCUUUGUUGUCCACUCUGCUCCAGUUCGGCUGGGUAUUGUCCUGGACUUCCAGAAAGCCGAAGGUGAAAGAAAUACGAUCUACAAUGCCGUCUUGAGAGCUUUCAAUUACGUCACUCAGAAGAAGAGUCCAAGGGAAGCCUUAGGAUUUUUGACAGAUAUCUACUCAUCGGUCAAGUCAGAUAGAGACCUCACUUUGGAAGACAUAAGGACUCAGCUCAAGAGAACAAGUUCCAGCUUAACUCCUGAACAAAUAACCGAUAUCCUGGAUGAUGAUUCAGACUACGACUACGGACGUCAACUCUCAAUGGAAUUUGUCCAGAGAUUGGGAUCGACUUCCUCGCCCAGUGCUCUUGUUAAUGGAGUUCCUCUUCCCAGCACCGGUUUGACUUCUGAUGAUUUCGAGGAAACCGUUCUUACUGAAAUCAUGUCCCAAACUCCAUCCCUGCAGAAGGCAGUCUACAAAGGAGAACUUUCAGACAAUGAUGAUCUUGUGGACUAUCUGAUGGGACUGCCUCAUGUAAUGCCUCGGCUAAAUGCUAAGAUUCUCUCAACUGAAGAUGUCCAGUAUCUGGAUGUCAGCGGAAAGCCUCACAAAGAUCUCGAGAACAUCAAGGCAAUGGCUAAAUUGUCCAACAGUGAUAUGACAGCAACUCUUCUGGACAAUGUUAAAUACUUUGCACCCAGGAAUUCCUUCACCAAAGUCCAGGACAAUGAAGUGCAUUUCAUCACGCUGCUCGUGAUCGCUGAUCUAACAACGAAUGAUGGAUUGGAACUCUUCCGGAAUGCUGUUGAAUUCGUGAAGGCCACAAAAAGCGUGAGAUUGACCUUUGUGCCCAAUUCAGAGGCAUCCUCAAAGCCUCCGAGGGAAAAUCUCAACAAUCUCGUUUGGGCAGCUAGUCACUCCUUGCCGCCAACUGAUGCCUUAAACUUGGUUAGUCGACUAAUCAGUGCAUCUGAUUUAGCGAAAACAGAUGUCCCGAAAGCCACUAAGGAUCUUCUCUCAUCCACAACGCUCCAUCUGAAGAUGCUCAGAGUCUACUGUCAGCGAGUUCUGAAGCUCAAGAAAUCAGAAAAUGGCGUGAUUAUGAAUGGAAGAAUCCUGGCUCCACUUGCAACAAAAGAAAUCUUCACUACUGAAGACUUUGGGCUCUUGGAGCGCUUCAGUUAUCUGCAGUACGGAGAAAAAAUCCGGAAGACCCUUAAGGAAUCCUUAAGUGAAGAAACUACCCUUACCAGUGAUAUGAUUGUCAAACUAGUGUCAAUUCUCGUGCCCAGAACUCAUACAAAGAGUCGAUACCCCAUGCCAACUGAGCUUAAAGAUGAUCACACUGUCGUCAAUUUGGAGCCAAAAGUCACCAACGGACCCUUCUUCGAUAUAGUUGGUGUCCUGGACCCUGCCUCCAAGGGUGCACAGAAAUUAGCUCCAAUCCUCAUUCUUCUCCGGAAUGUACUCAAUUGUCAUAUGAAAGUUUAUCUCUGUGCAGUCGAUAAGCACAGUGACAUGCCCGUAAAGAACUUCUACAGAUACGUCGUUGAACCAGAGAUCCAAUUCAGUCCAGAUGGAAAAUCCUCCAAAGGACCCAUUGCUAAAUUCACAGGACUCCCGGUGAAUUCUUUGCUCACCCAAAAUCUUCAAGUUCCAGAGAAUUGGCUAGUUGAAGUCGUUAACUCAGUUUAUGAUCUGGACAACAUUAAGUUGGUGGACAUCAAUGGUCCGGUUCAUAGUGAAUAUGAGCUUGAAUAUCUACUUUUGGAAGGUCACUGCUUUGACUCUAUGUCGGGAGCUCCACCAAGAGGACUUCAGUUCACCCUGGGCACAAAUAGGCAGCCUAUUAUUGUCGAUACGAUCGUAAUGGCGAACUUAGGAUACUUCCAGCUCAAGGCAACUCCUGGAGCUUGGAAUCUACGACUGAGGCAUGGAAAGAGUUCUGACAUCUACGAUGUCACGAGUGCAGAUGGGCCUAAUACCGUCCAUAGUGGAGACAACACCAGAGUCAUUAUUAGUUCACUGAAAUCCCAUGUACUAAAAGUCAAAGUCACCAAGAAACCAGAUAAACAGGAUGCUGAUCUCUUGGGAGAUGAUUCAGAAGCACAAUCUGGAAUAUGGGAUUCUAUUACGAGCUCAUUUGGUGGCGGAACUGAUUCCCAGGACUCUGAAGUCAUCAAUAUCUUCUCUGUGGCUUCGGGACAUCUUUACGAACGUCUUCUUAGAAUAAUGAUGGUCUCCACAAUAAAACAUACAAAGUCUCCAGUGAAGUUUUGGUUCCUGAAGAACUACCUAUCGCCCCAGUUUAUCGACUCCUUGCCCCAUAUGGCAAAAGAAUACAAUGUUCAGUACGAAUUGGUGCAGUACAAAUGGCCUAGAUGGCUCCAUCAGCAGACUGAGAAGCAGAGAAUCAUCUGGGGAUAUAAAAUUCUCUUCCUGGAUGUCCUGUUUCCCCUUGAUGUCAAGAAGAUCAUCUUCGUAGAUGCCGAUGCGAUUGUCCGAGCGGACAUCAAGGAGCUGCAUACGAUGGAUCUCAAUGGUGCUCCAUACGCCUAUACUCCCUUCUGCGAUUCCCGGCGUGAGAUGGAGGGUUUCAGGUUCUGGAAACAAGGCUACUGGCGAAAUCACCUUCAGGGCAGGCGGUACCACAUCUCAGCAUUGUAUGUGGUAGAUCUCAAGCGUUUCCGCAAAAUUGCAGCUGGUGAUCGACUCAGAGGGCAAUACCAGGCUCUAAGUCAGGAUCCCAAUAGUCUUUCAAAUUUGGAUCAGGAUCUUCCCAACAAUAUGAUCCACCAGGUGGCCAUUAAGAGCUUGCCGCAGGAUUGGCUGUGGUGCGAGACGUGGUGCAGCGAUGAAGGGUUAAGAUCAGCCAAAGUUAUUGAUCUCUGCAACAAUCCUCAAACGAAGGAGGCCAAAUUGACGGCAGCUCAGAGGAUUGUGCCUGAGUGGAUUAGCUAUGAUAUGGAGAUCAAGAAUGUGCUCAAUCGGGCCGAUGCUGAGCUCCAUGGAGAGAUUGUGGAAAAGCCACAGACGGAGAAGGAGACUGCAGAGAAGGAUGAACUGUAAGAAGCUUACCAGCAUUCCUGAGUGACUGAAAACACCAUAAUUCCGAUUUCUGCUGUGCUUACCACCAAUUCUGUUGUUGCUGUCCUAUCUUGUGUCCUGAUUGGAGAUCUUUAGAGUCUUUAGAGCAAAUUUUUUGGUACUUUUAGGGAGGAUGAAAUGUGAAUAAACAGGAUUCAGCUGAGAAAUAAAA